AGGCACGGGUAGAGGAGCCUUUUUUGUUAGCCUGCUCAGCGCACUUUUCGGUAAUGAAAUGGAGGCUGUGCUCGACGUCAAAACGUGCCUGCGCUGCGGGGCGCCGUUCACUUUCCGUCUUUCUCGCUUCGGCUGCGUCUUCGCAUGUCCGUGCGGAGAGCGCAUUGAUGCUGUUAAAGCAGCCGCUCUCUUCACAGAAAACCUCCGUACUCGCCGUCAAUUCGCUGAGUUCAUACCUAUUAUCUCGUCACCGCUGUGCGACCUCACCGACUCGUUGAAAGUGGCCGAGGUGGAAAUGAACUGGGUUAAGAGCGAGUUUGUAGUGCAGUUCCGUAACUUCUCCGAGGCUGACGUGCUGCGGGUCAGCCACUGUUUUUCGCUUGCCCUGCGGGAACACAUACAGUUAGCACAAACCACUGUUUCAGGACCGAUGGACUUGGUAGACUCACUUGUGGAUGAAUUGCGCGAAGCUGCCGAAGAGCCGCAGUGCUUGUUCUUCGUGGAUCCGCCAGCGACAGAAUUGCGGAGUGCAGCGAAUGAGAUUGCCUCGUGCGGGGUGACCGAAAACUUACUCGACAACAUCCCUGUGGAGCUCUUUCGAGCUCUCAAAAUGCAUCAACUGGAAGGCGUCAAGAAGGCGUUGCAGCUGAAAGGGAGGGUCUUAUUUGCAGACGACAUGGGCGUCGGAAAGACUCUCCAAGCCGUUGCGACGGUGGCAGCGUUGGAAGCUUUCCCGUUGCUCAUCGUGUGCCCAUCCGCCGUUAAAUUUAUGUGGGCGGAUCAAAUCGAGCAGUACCUGCACGAGCAAGUGCGGGUGGAUGAAAUCCACAUCAUCAACGGUGCGAACGACACUCUGGAUUGCAGCACGCAGCCAAAGGUCGUCUUAACCAGCUACCACAUGGCAGCGGUGCUGGAGCGCCAGUUGCUCCGCAGAGACUGGAAAUGCGUGGUGUGCGACGAGAGCCACGUUCUACACACCAACGCCAGCGGCAGCGACGCUAUGUAUACGCGAGCGGUGACGGCGAUGGGAAAGCAGGCUCCGUACUGCCUGCUGCUUUCUGGGACGCCAGCUCUUAGCUCGCCCUUUGACAUGUACAACCAAAUUGACAUGUUGCGUCCCGGCUUGCUGGGUCCGACGCGCUUUCAUUUUGCAAUGCGUUACUGCCACAUUACGUUAUCGCCGUUUUUGCGGGUGGGUGAAUCUUCGAGACCGACCGAGGUGUCCUCGUUGCUGUCAUCCUGUUGCAUGAUCCGGCGUCUCAAGAGCGACGUUUUGGAGUUGCCGGUGAAGACCCGCGUGGUGUUGCGUGUCGCAGAUCAUCCUUCUUUUGAUGCGCGUCGUGGCGGCGCAUCUGGUGAGGCAACUUAUCAGGCGCGGUAUGCGUCAAGCUGGAAAAUGAAGUGGAGUGGCAUUGUCGAGGCCGUCGACUACUGCUGCGCGAAGUACGACCGUGUGGUUCUCCUGGCGCAUCACAUUGAGCUCAUUGACGCCCUGGUCAAACUCCUUCAACGACGCAGCAAGUCGAUCGUCCGAAUCGAUGGGCGGGUGCCUGCACCGCAGCGCGGGAAUCUUCUUGAGAAGUUCCACGCAGGAGAAGCGCGGCUUGCUGUGGUCGGCAUUACGGCGUGCGCCGUUGGCAUUUCGCUGGCGCCGGCGUCCUGUGCCGUUUUUUGUGAGCUACCACCGGACGCAGUUUGGAUGACGCAAGCGGAGGACCGCCUGCACCGGCCGGGACAAGCAAACGAGGUGAUAAUUUACUACCUUUUGGGUGUGCACUCGGAAUUCGACGCAGAGUUGUUUGCUCGCUUGUGCCGCAACUUGCGCGAGGUUGGAAGCGUGGUCUCGCAGGACGGCGACGGUAAGCUGGUCCUGUCCCAGGCAAGUCACGAAGCCCGCUCGUGCCUAGGCACCGCCCAACUACGCACUGCCCUUUUAACACACGCACCUCACGACGCGCAUCUCGUCGAGGAGCCCCUCCUGUUCUCCAUCAGCAAGAACACCGGUCGCGUACACAUUCGCGCCUGCGACGCUGCCGCCUUUUACACCACUUUGCUGUGGAAUGAGGCAAAUGAGUGCGUGCGGCAGCGGCAGUCGCCCAUUUGGAAGCAGCUGGACACCUUCCUCACCUCCUUCACGAGCCUCACACCCUUCCAGCAGCGACAGAUGUGCCUCGGCGACGACUGGCUUCCUGCUCUGUUUAAUUGGAAAACGAAAUACCUCGAUGUUGGGCAUGUGAAACGCUUACGGUAUGCAAAAGCAAACAUGAUUGGGUGGGGAAUUUGGUGGGAGGUGCGACGGCAGUACUUUUCCAAGCACUACUAUUACUUCGGGCCCUUGCAGUACGUCGAGGACGCGUACAAGGUUUGCUGCCUGAAUUGUGAAAAGUACGUGUUGGACUUCAACACCCAAAGCGAGAUGCUGCUUCCUGGCGCAGUGUGUCGUGUUAACGGCGACACGGAACUCUUCUGCAGCGGGAAGUGCCGCGAGAACUUUUACUUUAAGCGUUCCAGCUCUGCGAUCCGUCGCACUGUCGCUUCUGUCGACAAGAGCGUCUGUGCAUACUGCCACGUGGAUUGCGAAGCUCUCUGCAUCGCGCUCGCCUCUGCCGCCAGAAAACAGCGUCGCCUCAAAAUUAUACGAAGACUUCAUCCGCACCUGUUGCAGUACCCCGCUCUCUACGAAAGAAUCAUCGCCCAUCCCGAGCCCGGUAAUAUCUGGCAGGCAGAUCACAUUACACCUGUUGCCAGCGGCGGUGGCGAAGCCUCGCUGGACAACGUUCAAACGCUUUGCAUUCUUUGUCACACACUGAAAACAAAGGAAGAUGUGAAGCACAUGAAGCAAUACGAAGCUGAAGUUUCCCCAUCUGCUGCGGUCUCUGCUACCACCGUGAGCGCUGCAGUUAUGCGCUGUUCUUCGCCUGUCCACAAAACACGUGUGUCGCGACGGAGACUGUCGCGGCCGCCGUAA